CAUGAUAUAAAGAAGUAAACAGAAGUAAAGAAACAAAUAUAUACUUAGCUAUAAAAGUCACUGCUCAUCCCUCAGCUGCAUCUAUGAGGCAUCAGUAGAGAUAUAGCAGUCUGCAUAGAGAGGAUGUGAAGACUCGGAUCUGGGUACCAGCACAGGACAAGCACAAGUUUAAAUGACUCUCAUGGAGACAUCCUAGUACAAUAUAGCAGGAGAGCAGAAUUUGGAACUCCACAAGAUACCAUGGUGGCGAUAAGUAUAUGGAUACGGGUUACACAUUUGGAAAGGAAACUUCAGUGAUAUGAACGCUGAUGCGACUGUCCGCAAGAUGGCCGAUUAUAUAGAGCUGUGACAUCAUAUGUGAUUCAGGGUUAUCCGCCGACACCUUGUUCCCGCCUUCCCAGGAUUCCUUGCCCCAUGUCCUCACAUGUGGAUCUGCCAUUCAGACAGGAAUCUGAUAGACAGGACAGGAGUGAACACAGAGGGGUGCUGGUCCUGGCCACACUAACCUGACUUUGUCCCUGCCCGUGCUUCAGCUUGGACAAAGAUGAUGCUGCAGCCAGACAGGUGAUCUGGAUGGUUUCUGUACAUAUAUGUUUUAGACCAUGGCUAUGCUGCCAACUAUCCUGAAUCAAAGCCAUCUGGUUCUACGUGAUGCCAAUGUCUCAGCAUCGGGCUUUCCAUGGAGAGAGCCUACAUUUACAGAAGCUGCCAAAGUACGUGUGGGGAUUACGUGUUGCUUUUUCCUCAUAGCAUCUUGCAGUAAUGUGGCUGUACUAUGCAGCAUCAGUGGGAAACGAUGCAAGUCUCAUCUUCGGAUCCUUAUUCUUAGCCUCUCUGUGGCGGACCUGCUGGUUACCUUCUUGGUCAUGCCUUUGGAUGCUGUGUGGAAUGUGAUGGUGCAAUGGUACGCAGAUGAACUUUCCUGCAAGAUUCUAAACUUUGGGAAGUUAUUUGCUAUGUAUUCUGCUGCAUUAGUGCUAGUAGUGAUCAGCCUCGACCGCCACUGGGCUAUUCUGUACCCACUCAGCUUUACAAGUGCUGGGCAACGCAACCGGAUCAUGCUGUGGACAUCCUGGAUAGGCAGCCUCCUUCUGGCUUCACCUCAGCUGUUCCUCUUCCGACUGAAAACUGUUCCCGGAGCCAACUUUACACAGUGUGCCACACAUGGGAGCUUUGCCCACCGCUGGCAAGAAACAGUGUACAACAUGUUCACAUUUUGCACCCUUUUUAUCACACCAUUGGGUGUCAUGAUUGUUUGUUACACUCGUAUCCUCUGGGAAAUUGGCAAGCAGAUGAAGCACAAGAAAGAGCUAUCAAGAAGCAAAAAUGACCUCAUCUCCAAAGCACGGCUGAAAACACUGAAAAUGACAUUGGUUAUUGUGGUGUCAUUCAUGGUCUGCUGGACUCCUUACUACCUGUUAGGAAUAUGGUACUGGUUCCAACCAGAAAUGAUUCACUUGACCCCUGAGUACAUUCAUCAUAGCUUGUUUCUCUUUGGCCUUCUUCACACCUGCACCGAUCCUCUUGUAUAUGGAUUGUACACCCCGUCUUUCAAAGAAGAUGUGCGCACCUGGCUCAGAAGAGUAGGUGCUGUUCUGUCGAGAAGAGCAAAGAAUAGCAAGCAACUAGAAGACUCUGAAAUGACCAUCAAAGACUUCAGCUACAUGGACGGUCCAACAUCUACUGGAACAACCCUGCAGUCAAUGUUGUGAAAUUAAUUUUACACUGUGUCUAGACACAUAGAGACUUAUAGAUUAUUCAUGCCCCAAUGUGAAUUCUAGGAAGAAGGAUAUGCAAAGCAUCUCUCCACCUCUUUUGGAGGUAGCUUUUCCUUUAAUGUAGUGCUUCCUACCAAUUAAGAGUCCUAGAACAUGACUAGGGAUAUUUGUUUAACAUAAUAUCUCUUUAGAAUAUAUUAGUUAUCACCCCUUGUUAGUACAGAGAAGGUCUAUGAUGCUCUUUUAAGGAGAACCAUUACCACUUUGGUUCCACAAUGAUUGGCCUUGCUAUAUACUGACAAGGGGCAAGAACUCUGAAAAAAGUUGUCUACAGGUGAUAUUUCCUUCUGGAGACAUAUCUGGCUUGGCAUAUAUCCCUAGUCAUGUUCUAAGACUAUUUAUCAGUGUGAAACACUGACAUGAAUGGAAGCUACCUCCAAAAGCUGACACCUGAGAGCUGCUUUGUAUAUCUUUCUAACUGAGCAUAUCCAAAAAA